UCCUUUAACCAUAACAAUACCAUAAAACAUAAACCUACAAAAAUCAAGCCCCCCUUUCCUCUUUCUCUCUCCCCAAUCUCUUCUCCCUCCUCCAAGAUGGCCAUCCGGGUCGGGCUCUUCCUCCUGAUCCUCGCCCUUGCCAUGCUAUCGGCCGGGUCAUCGCUCUCCUUCGACGACCCCAGCUUCUCAUCCAUCACCCGCUUCGACAUCGACCCCACCCGCUCCCACAUCAUCGGCGUCGGGAAAGUCGGCGAUUUCAUCGACGAGGACGAGGAGGGGAUGGUGGGUACGGAGUUCACCCGGCGCGUCUUGGCGGCACAGAGGUACAUCAGCUACGGUGCGCUCCAGGCGAACAACGUGCCCUGCACCAAGCGUGGCCGGUCGUACUAUAACUGUAACAAGAGGGGGAAGGCUAACCCUUACUCGCGCGGGUGCAGCUACAUUACGCGGUGCGGUAGGGUCACCGGGCGAUGAGCGAGAGAUGAUCAGAGAGAAAGUACGUCGUGCGGGAGAGAGAGGCUGAAGAUGGAUGAAGGAUUUGGAUCCAAUCCGGGUUUUUUUUUUUUUUUUUUUUAAAUUACUGGUAAUCUAUUUAUUUUAUUUUCUUUUGUAUGUUAUUUUGUUGGUUUAAUUUGAAGUGAAUGGGAUAUUGAGGAGGGUGCAAUGAGGUGAAGAGGUUUAAAAUUACAUGGGGAGAGUGAUUCUCCUUUUGUGAAUGUAAUUGCACUCCUACUUAAUUGUUCAUUUGAUUUGGAUCCUUAUGGUUGGGUAAUAAAAUUGUUAAUGUAUUACGUA